UAACUAGAUAAUUAAAAAGGAGGGCCAAAAUUCUAAAUUACUCAAUUCGUAGGCAAUCAAACUCCAUUCUUUACGUUUUGCAUGCCGAGGAGAAGCAAAUUUUGAAGGGAGACAAUGCGCGGGAGUUAUAGUUUCAGACCGUUGCACAGCGGCAGCGGCAACUUCUGCUCCCGGUCAUUCAAAUCCCAGCAACCCAUCAACAUCAAGGACCGAACAGGAAAUCCCACUUCUCAAAAUCCAAUCCCAUCGAAGAAAACACUAACCCAGAAACGCAGAUCCAUGAACAAGUUAUCCAACUCCUACGACUCCGAAAUUGUGAAAUCGAACAUGGACAUCACCACCCACAUGCGCAACGGCCGAUGCGAAGCCGCUCUGCUUGUCUUCAACGCCAUGCCCCGGCGGAGCCCCGUGUCCUAUAACGCUAUGGUAUCUGGGUACCUAGCAAAUGGCAAGUUUGAUCUUGCAAAGGACAUGUUUGAGAAAAUGCCUGAGAGAGACCUGGUUUCUUGGAAUGUGAUGCUUAGUGGGUAUGUGAGGAACAGGAAUCUUGGUGCCGCUCGUGCCUUGUUUGAACGAAUGCCCGAGAAGGAUGUUGUUUCGUGGAAUGCUAUGUUGUCGGGUUAUGCCCAGAACGGGUAUGUUGAUGAGGCGAGGACGAUUUUUCAAGGGAUGCCGGAUAAGAAUGAGAUUUCGUGGAAUGGGUUGCUUGCAGCGUAUGUGCAGAAUGGAAGGGUAGAAGAUGCUCGUAGGUUGUUUGAGUUGAAAGCAGAUUGGGAAGCAGUUUCUUGGAAUUGUUUGAUGGGUGGGUUUGUAAAACAAAAGAGAUUGGUUAAUGCUAGGCAGCUUUUUGACCAGAUGCCUGUGAGGGAUGAAGUUUCCUGGAAUACCAUGAUCACGGGAUAUGCGCAGAAUGGGCAAAUGUCAGAAGCUAGGAGAUUGUUUGAGGAGUGUCCAAUUCGGGAUGUGUUUGCAUGGACAUCAAUGCUUUCGGGUUAUGUGCAGAAUGGAAUGCUGGAUGAAGCAAGAAGUAUCUUUGAUGAAAUGCCAGAAAAGAAUUCGGUUUCGUGGAAUGCAAUGAUUGCAGGUUAUGUACAAUGCAAGAGAAUGGACAUGGCAACGAAAUUGUUUGAGGCAAUGCCUUCUCGGAAUGCCAGUUCAUGGAAUACCAUUUUAACUGGCUAUGCUCAGAGUGGUGAUAUUGUUCGUGCCAAGUUAAUCUUUGAUAGCAUGCCUCGGCGCGAUUCCAUCUCUUGGGCGGCUAUUAUUGCUGGUUAUGCUCAAAAUGGUUAUAGUGAAGAGGCUUUGCAACUCUUUGUAGAGAUGAAAAGAGACGGGGAAAGGUUGACUAGGUCUUCCUUUACCUGUGCUUUGAGCACCUGUGCUGAAAUUGCAGCUUUGGAGUUGGGGAAGCAAUUGCACGGCCGUAUGACAAAAGCAGGAUACGAAACUGGGUGCUAUGUGGGGAAUGCACUACUUGUAAUGUACUGUAAAUGUGGAAGCAUUGAGGAAGCAUAUGACGUUUUCCAAGGAAUAGCUGAAAAGGAUGUUGUCUCUUGGAACACGAUGAUCUAUGGCUAUGCAAGGCAUGGAUUUGGCUUAAAGGCACUUAAAGUUUUUGACUCAAUGAAGGCGGCGGGUAUCAAACCAGAUGAUGUAACAAUGGUUGGCGUGUUGUCUGCUUGUAGUCAUACUGGUCUGGUAGACAGGGGCACCGAAUAUUUUUAUUCAAUGAAUCAGGAUUAUGGCAUAACAGCAAAUUCAAAACACUAUACCUGCAUGAUUGACCUUUUAGGUAGAGCAGGGCGCUUGGAGGAAGCGCAGAAUUUGAUGAGAGAUAUGUCUUUUGAACCUGAUGCUGCAAUGUGGGGAGCUCUGCUUGGUGCAAGCCGGAUUCAUGGCAAUACCAAGUUAGGUGAAAAGGCUGCUAAGAUAAUUUUCGAGAUGGAGCCUGAAAAUGCAGGAAUGUAUGUUCUUCUCUCGAAUUUAUAUGCAGCUUCAGGCAGAUGGGGCGAUGUCAAUAAGAUGAGAUUGAAGAUGAGGGAUAAAGGUGUCAGGAAAGUACCUGGAUAUAGCUGGGUUGAAGUCCAAAACAAGACUCAUACAUUUUCAGUUGGGGACACUAUACACCCUGACAAGGACAAGAUAUAUGCCUUCUUAGAAGAGUUAGAUUUGGAAAUGAAGCGGGAGGGGUAUGUUUCGUCUACAAAGCUGGUUUUGCACGAUGUGGAAGAGGAAGAGAAAGAGCAUAUGCUGAAGUAUCACAGCGAGAAAUUAGCGGUGGCAUUUGGGAUUCUUUCGAUUCCAGCUGGGAGGCCAGUCCGCGUGAUAAAGAACUUGCGAGUUUGUGAAGACUGCCAUAAUGCCAUCAAGUACAUAUCCAAGAUUGUGGGAAGGACAAUAAUCCUAAGGGAUUCCCACCGCUUCCACCACUUCACCGGAGGUAAUUGUUCAUGCGGGGAUUACUGGUGAGAAUCGAUGACUUCAUUGUGAUGAAGAAAAGAAAAUUGAGGAUUCUAUUGCAAUUACUCUCCGUUCUUUGAAAAAGUCCGUCAGAUCAUCCCUGCUCCCGCCAUUGGUGCUGUAUUUACAGUGUGCGCAAGAGAAAACUUGUUAGUCUACACCUCAGUGAAGUGAUGAGAAAUCGGAGUGGCAAGCGAAAGUUCGAUCGAGGAGAAAUACAUCCCAGUGAUGAACAUUUGAAAUGAUUAGUUAGAAGCGGCUUGAUAAUUUUGCCAUGUUACAACUUACAAGUGAAACCGAGGUGGAGGGGUGAAUUGGUUAAAGAGCAUUCAAACCUUGGACGAGGUCCCGAGUUCGAUUCCCCCUCCACCAACAUCGUUUGUAUAAAAAAAAAAAAAGGAUAACGAGUUCGAUUCUCUCUGUAAAUGCAUAAUGAGGUGGUAGAGCGGAUGUGUUCACCUGUGAACCCGUGUUUGAAUUCUCCCACCCAUAAUUUAGAUUAGUCUUGGCGUAGAAUAUUGCUCGUGUCAAAAAUUGAAAAACUAAUAAUAACAUACGCUAUAUUUCCAUCAA